UGCAAAUGAAGCCCUCCUCCCCACCAGCCCUGAACGCUGUGGGUGUGGCUUCUCCCCGGGACUCCUCCCUCUCCUCCCAGAAGGAAUCUAAGAAAUAAAUACUCUUGGGGUUCUUUCCUGCUGUGGAAGCAAAGAGGAGAAUUUUCUAGCGAGUUACUCUGAGGAGCUACAACUAUGGCUGGAAAGCCCUUAUUUCAUUAUGAUGAGGCCCGGGGUAGAAUGGAGUCUGUCCGGUGGCUCUUGGCUGCAGCUGGGGUAGAGUAUGAAGAGAAAUUUUUGCAAACCAAUGAGGACUUGGAGAAGUUAAGAAGUGAUGGAGUUUUGAUGUUCCAGCAAGUGCCCAUGGUGGAGGUGGACGGAAUGAGGCUGGUGCAGACCAGAGCCAUUCUCAACUAUUUUUCCAGCAAAUACAACCUCUAUGGGAAGGACAUGAAGGAGAGAGCCCUGAUUGAUAUGUAUUCGGAAGGUUUGGCAGAUUUGAAUGAGUUGUUUAUUGUCUACCCAUAUGACCCACCUGGGGUCAAAGAAGCAAAAAUUGCCCAGAUGAAAGAGAAAGCGAAAAACCGUUACUUUCCUGCCUUUGAAAAGGUAUUAAAGAGCCAUGGACAGGACUUCCUUGUUGGCAACAAGCUAAGCAAGGCUGACAUUCACCUGGUUGAGAUGAUCUACAACAUGGAAGAGCUGGACGCCAACAUUAUAGCCAACUUCCCUCUGCUUCAGGCUCUGAAAACCCGAAUCAGUGACAUGCCCAACAUAAAGAAGUUUCUGCAGCCUGGCAGCCGGAGGCAGCCUCCUGUUGAUGAGAAAACUGUACUAAAAGCAAGGAAGAUUUUCAAGUUCUAAUGAAGUGACAUAGAUCCUGAAGACUGUGAGACAGUGAGCCUUCUCACUUAUGUGUAUUAAUGAAAUAUGGGCUCCCAUAUUGACACAAUUUAAUGGAAACUCUCUUAUUAGGAUAUGCUGGUGGAUUGGUUUUCUGAUAUCCUGGCUUAACCAUUUCCUGUAGUAAAAAUGAAAAUUUUAAUAAAAAAUGAAGAUUA